CCAUGGCCGUCGCCCUCCACAGCUCCGGCGCUUCACACACAAGAGUACAGUCCAGUAGCAAGCAAGCGGUCGCAGAGAGAAGGUAGAGCAGCUAGCUGGGAGCCUGGGAGUGAGAAUGAGCACGAGGCUGGACACGCGGACGCUCAAGGACGAGGUGGCCAACAUGGACAAGCGCCCGCUCCUCGACCUCGGCCACCCGCUCCUCAACCGCGUCGCCGACAGCUUCAUCCGCGCCGCCGGGGUCGGGGCGACAAGGGCUGUGUCGCGGGAGGCCUACUUCGUCACCGUCGAAGGGCUUGGAUCAGGAGACGCGGCUGCGCUGGAUAGCAACGCCAAGAGGAACCAUUUCUCGAGCAUAAGAGGGGAUGAUGGCCAGAAAUCGCUUGAUGCAGUGGUAAAAUCGGCUGGCAAGGAGGCCUUCCAGUGGGGAUUGGCGGCCGGAGUGUACUCUGGGAUAACAUACGGCCUCAGAGAGGCUAGAGGAUGCCAUGACUGGAAGAACAGUGCAAUUGCGGGAGCAAUCGCUGGAGCGGCUGUGGCGCUGACCGGGGACACUGGGCACGCUGAUCACGUCGUCCAUUUCGCCAUCACCGGUGCUGCGCUUUCCAGUGCGGCGACCAUGCUCUCGGGCAUAUUCUGAGCCACUGCACAUGGAGCUAGGCCGGGUUAAGAAUUUAGAGCGAGGGUAUUAAUUAGCUAAGCUGAUGAACUAUGAAAUGUGUACUACCGUCUCCAUCUAGCUCUGCAGUUUGCGCCUAGUCUGCUAGUUCUUGAACUAGGCAAUUUCAAAUUUCCAGUGUAAUGUUCCUCCCUAGUCCCUACGGUUUAUGUGUUCGACGGCUUCAGAUUCAGAAUGCUUCGGUGUUCCGACCUCCGAGACUAAGAACCCUUUCUAUGACAAGAUACUUUGUGUUUUACUUUACAAUUUACAUUUCACAAUC